AUGGUUCGUGGAUUGAUGAAAUUCCCAAGAAUCGCAACGAAGUUAUUGAACAUAAGCGUUGAUUCUCUCUGCAAAUUCCGAAACUUGGAGAAAGCGGAGUCACUGAUCAUAGACGGAAUCAGAUUAGGUGUUCUUCCCGAUGUCGUCACUUACAACACCUUAAUCAACGGCUACUCUCGUUUCGUCGGAAUCGACAAAGCUUACGCCGUAACGCUUCGGAUGAGAGAAGCUGGGAUCAAACCAAACGUUUCCACAUACAAUUCGCUCAUCUCCGGAGCCGCGAAGCAGCUUUCGCUGAGUCGUGUCCACCAACUGUUCGACGAAAUGCUUCAGUCAGGUUUAUCUCCAGAUAUGUGGAGCUACAACACUCUCAUGUCCUGCUACUUGAAGCUCGGGAAACACGAAGAAGCGUUUCGUAUCCUUCACGAGGAUGUUCAUCUCUCUGGGCUAUCUCCAGGUGUUGAUACCUUCAACAUUCUCCUCGACGCUCACUGCAAAAGCGGUCACAUGGAUAACGCCAUUGCACACUUUAAUGACCUCAAGACUCGGGUUAAACCGGAUCUCAUGACGUAUAACAUACUCAUCAACGGUCUUUGUAAAUCCGGAAAGGUUUACUCCGCGAACCGGAUGCUGAGAGAGCUCGAGAAAUCCGGUUAUACUCCGAACGCUGUUACGUACACGACGAUGCUUAAACUGUAUAUCAGAAGCAAGAUGAUCGCGGAAGGGCUUGAGCUGUUCUUGAAGAUGAAGAAAGAAGGUUAUACCUUUGACGGGUACGCGAAUUGCGCGGUUUCUAGCGCCUUGGUGAAGACCGGAAGAGCAGAGGAAGCGCACGAGUGUAUGCGAGAGCUUGUGGGAAGCGGUACACGGAGCCAAGACAUUGUUUGUUACAACGCGUUGUUGAGUCUUCACUUUAAAGAUGGGAACUUGGAUGCAGUUGAUGAUCUACUGGAGAAGAUUGAGGUUAAAGGGUUGAAACCUGAUGACUACACGCACACGAUCAUAGUCAAUGGGUUGUUGAGCAUAGGGCAUACGAGAAGAGCAGAGAAGCAUUUGGCUUGUAUAGGAGAGAUGGGGAUGCAGCCGAGCGUCGUCACGUGUAACUGUUUGAUCCAUGGGUUGUGUAAAGCCGGUCAUGUAGACCGUGCGAUGAGGUUGUUUGAGUCGAUGAAGAUUAGAGAUGAGUACACUUACACUUCCGUUGUGCAUAAUCUAUGCAAAGAUGGGAGGCUCGUGUGCGCUUCGAAGCUGCUCUUGCGGUGUUACAAUGAGGGGAUGAAGAUUCCCUCGUCGGCGAGACGAGCUGUGCUGUCCGGUUUACGGAUGACGGUUUCUUACCAGGCGGCGAGGAAGAUGCAUAACAAGUUCAAAGCUGCUAUUGAGUGCAAUGCAAGAAUGUAUCCUUAA